UACCAUUGCGUUAUCCAGGACCUUUGUGUAAUAUUCACUCAAGAUUGAGACAAAGUCCUGUUCAUAGGCUCAUCAAGCUCCUGUCACAAUGGGACAUAUCGAUUCUCAAGUGGGUGGGAAAAUGCCAUGGGUGGAAACCCCUCUAGUAGAGUCUGCAGUGCUCUCUAAAGAAGCCGGAUGUAGAGUAUUCCUGAAACUCGAGCUACUUCAACCUUCUGGAUCAUUCAAAUCACGAGGAAUCGGAAACUUGAUGCUGUCCUAUAUUUCUGAUCCCUCAAAUCACGGUAAAGAGCUUCACUUCUUUAGUUCAUCAGGCGGAAAUGCAGGCCUCGCAGCUGUGGUGGCAGCCCGAGACCUCGGUUGCCCAUGCACAGUCGUAGUACCAUUGAGCACGAAACCAUUGAUGAUCCAGAAACUGCGUACGGCGGGCGCAACAGAUGUUAUACAACACGGUGCGAGCUGGUUCGAAGCCGAUAGUUAUCUACGGAAAACUUUCAUCGACGUUGAUGAAAGCUCUCAGGGAUCUGUCAAGAAUGUUUAUAUACCUCCAUUUGACCACCCUGAAAUAUGGAAGGGGGCAGGGACCAUGAUCCCGGAGCUCGCAGCCCAGCUGCCUCCAAGGCCAUCCAGUGAAUCUGAGCCGGUGCCCUCUUUUCCUGCAGAUGUCAUCAUUUGCAGUGUCGGAGGUGGCGGCCUUUUCAACGGUGUGAUUGAUGGUCUGGAUAAAUAUUUGAUGUCCAGUCUGUCCAAAUCCGACAAAGGACAGCGGAGGGUGCAGGUCAUCGCUGCUGAAACGAGAGGGGCAGAUUCCCUCGCUCACUCAUUACGGAACGGAUCACUUCAAUCGUUGCCAGCGAUAACUUCUCUAGCAACGUCACUAGGAGCUCUAACGGUGGCUCCGCAGACAUUGAAGAACGCAAUGACGCCGCCUCGAGGAGUCGAGGUAAAGAGUGUAGUGACGUCUGACGCUGAGGCUGCCAGAGGUGUGAUCAGACUGGCUGACGAGAUGCGGUUAUUGGUCGAGCUAGCUUGUGGUGUAUCUGUUGAAGUCGCUGCUGGAGGGCGAUUGAAACAGGCAGUCGAGGACCUUAGUCCAGAGAGUCGGGUUGUCAUUGUGGUUUGUGGAGGUAGCAACAUCACGGCCGAGAUGGUGGCAGAGUAUCGACAGAAUCUGGCUAAUGGCUGGGAUUGAGGUUUCUUCCAUCUAGAGUUUAUUUUCUGCGAAUAGACAAUUUCGUAUCACCCAAAAGUAUCGACCUAUGGAAAACUCCGCCUAGUUGAAUGAGCUAGUAGCCCUACGCAUAUGCUUAUCGAGUCAAUGAACAGUAGAAUUCAAUAAAUG